ACGCGUCCGUCGUGUGAACCACACACCAGGAUCAGGAUCAGGAUCCCGUAGCCUCCAACUUCAGCUUUGGGAAGUGCCCAAAAUGACCAAAAUGAUACUGCAAAACACGGGCAGCUGGACGCUUUGCGGAGCACUCCUCCUGUUCGUCCUGCCGCUGAUCCCCACGCCGGAGGCACUGCAGCACACCGAGGAGGGUCUCGAGAUGCUCUUCCGCGAGCGUUCCCAAUCGGACUGGGAGAACGUGUGGCAUCAGGAGACGCACUCCCGCUGCCGCGACAAGCUGGUCCGCCAGCUUUAUUGGGCCUGCGAGAAGGACAUUUACCGACUGACACGGCGCAACAAAAAGAGGACGGGCAAUGAUGAGGCUUGGAUCAAGAGGAGUACCACGGAUCCGGAUGGCUCCACCUGGCUGCACGUGAACUAUGCCAACAUGUUUCUAAGAAGUCGUCGAGCGGAUGGUCAUACUCCAUCGAUAUCGAACGAAUGCUGCACCAAGGUGGGCUGCACCUGGGAGGAGUACGCCGAGUACUGUCCUUCCAACAAGCGACGCAAUCACUACUGAUUGGCCAUCGACGUUGGAUCUGCUUAGAUAUAUACGAACAUAUAUAUAUAUAUAUUCGCUUUUUUUUCCUGGUUGUUGUUGAUGUUCU